AUGCAACGGCGGCCGCACCUCCCCGGCCCGUCGCAAGCCUUUGCCGAGAAAAAGACCAAGAUCCUGGACCGACUCGCCGUGCCGGAAGCCGAAUACACGGACCUCUCGCCCAAGGGAACCGUCGACAAGGGCAUCCGCCGCCUCAUCGACGAGAUCAACAGCACAGACGGCUUCGUAACGACCAGCAGCUGCGCAGGCAGAGUCAGCGUCUUCCUGGAAGGCAGAAAGGCGGCAGAAUCCUCAGACGCAGACGCCGGCGCAGGCGCAGAUGAGCAGCCCCCAGCACAGGUAGCCGGCGUCGGGGGCAAGGGCGCCGGCGGAACGUGGCUGUAUGUCUCGCACGAUCCGGUCCAGGGCCAAGACUGGCUGCAGACCCUGGCUUUGGAGGACGGGGAGGCCCGGCGCACGGGGAGGUUGAUUCACUUCAAGUUUGAGCCCAUGAUCCUCCAUGUUCUUACGGCCUCGCUUGCCCACGCGCAGCUGCUCCUGCGCUCUGCGCUGCAGGCGGGCUUUAGGGAAUCGGGCGCGGUGAAUUUGACGGCGGACUCCGAAGCCGCGGCGGCGCCCAUGGUGGCCGUUCGGUCCAUGGGGCUCGGGUUUGAGUCUCUGGUCGGGCAUGAGCUCGAGGGGAAGCGGUACGCGCUCGUGUCCGGCUCGUAUCUGCGGGCGUUGAUGGAUAUUGGGAACGAGCGGUUUUCCGAGAACACGAGGCGGAUUGAGAGGUUCCGCGGCGCGUUCAGGGAGAGUCUGGCCAGGAUGGGCUCUGACGGGCGUCAGUGGGAGGAUCCUGCGGCGAGGAGGGAGAGAAUGCGGGCUGAAGGGCUGCGGAGGAAGGCUACGGCGGCGGAGGGUGUUGUCGAUGAGGAUAAUGGCGGGAGGGAGAGUGCCGAUGACUUGUACGUUGCAUUAGACUUUGGUUUGGCGUAG